ACUUUUUGCAUUAUUGGAAGGAAUUGAUAAAGGGGGAGAAAUCUAAUGGCAGUCCAUGGUGCAAAUGAAGAGGGAAAGCUUACAGCCACGGUAGUAUGUUGGCUUCUAGGAAAUGGAUGCCUUUUCUCAUGGAAUAGUAUGUUAUCAAUUGUUGAUUACUAUGAAAACUUGUUCCCGAAAUACCAUCCAGCAAGGGUUCUUCCCAUAGUCUAUCAACCUUUCGCAGUUGGAAUAUUGGUUAGUUUAACACACAACGAAGCAAAAAUAAAUACAAGAAAAAGGAACUUACUUGGUUAUACCAUUUUCUUCAUAAGCGCCUUACUGGUUCUUGUUUUGGACUUGGCUACAUCUGGAAAAGGAGGGAUUGGAACAUACGUUGGUCUAUGUAUAAUCAGCGGUGUAUUUGGAGUUGGUGAAGCCUGCGUUCAAGGUGGAAUGAUUGGAGAUCUGUCCUUGAUGUGCCCCGAGUUCAUUCAAUCUUACUUGGCUGGUUUGGCUGCUUCUGGUGCUCUAACUUCUGCCUUGAGGUUGAUCACAAAAGCAGCCUUUGGAAAUUCAAGAAACGGCCUGCGUAAUGGAGCUAUGAUGUACUUUGCUAUCUCCAUGUUAUUUGAGCUGCUAUGUCUGAUUCUCUAUGCGCAUGUCUUCCCCAAAUUGCCUAUUGUAAAGUACUACCGUUCAAAAGCAGCCUCAGAAGGAUCUAAAACUGUUUCUGCUGAUCUUGCGGCUGGUGGAAUACGAGUACUAACAGACGGACAAGCUGCAGAAAAGAUGCCCGAGUAUAUGGAGCGCCUAAACAACAAACAGUUGAUUGUUCAAAACAUGGACUAUGCAGCUACAAUAUUUCUCAUAUUUGUUUUGACAUUUUCGAUUUUUCCUGGGUUUUUAACCGAAGAUACUAAAAAGCACAGCUUGGGGAGUUGGCACGCGCUUGUUAUGAUUGCCAUGUUUAAUGUCUGGAAUCUGAUUGGAAGAUAUAUUCCUCUUAUUGAUUCCUUGAAGUUAAAAUCACGUCGAUGGCUUCUGAUUGUGUCUCUUGCUCGUUUCUUACUGAUCCCAUGUUUUUACUUCACGGCUAAGUAUGGAGAUGAGGGUUGGAUGAUCAUGUUGACUUCCUUAUUGGGAUUAAGUCAAGGAUAUCUCCCUGUUUGUGUUCUAACUGAGGCGCCAAAAAACUAUAAGGGACCGGAGAAAAACGCACUGGGAAACUUGCUUGUAUUGUUUCUGGGCGGAGGGGUACUUGCAGGGGUAACACUAGACUUGUUAUGGCUUAUUGGUAAAGGCUGGUAAGCUCCUCUGUAAUAAUACUUGGAACCGUUCUUUGGGAUAGAAACUUCCAGUGUUACAGAUAGAUUCGAUCCAUAAUAAGGUUGCAAAAUUGGUUCUUCAAGAUUCAGCUAUCGCAUAUGUUUGAUGUUACAAGUAAAGGUUCUGUUUUUAGCGACUGA